AUGGAAGCGGGGUGGCAGCCGCGGGAACGUUAUGACCUGCUCAAACGUUACAAUCUCAAAUCGGUGACCAUAGAAUAUGGAAAUCUGUGAUGGAAGAAGUGCAUUAUCUAGCCAGCUCUGAAGAUAGGAUUGCGCAUGACAAGUUCCAGAGUCCCAUGCCGCACUACAAUUGGGCAGGGUUUGUAUUGCACAAAGUGGAACGCUCUUCGAGUCUGUCAUGCUCAUUUUUAAUAUGUUGCAAUACAAAAGAACGCAGACAACUCUAUUGUAACGUUUGGGAUUGAUGUAACGUUUGAGCAAGCCAUAAACGUGAGGACGAUUUUUUCCGGAUUCUCGCGAGGGAAGAGACGAGACGGGAGCUGGUGCAGGAUAUCGGCUAUGCAGUGCAAAAGUAUCGUACUCGUAUGAAUGCAUUACAAAUUUUCUCAGGAUGAGGAAGAAAAUUUUUCGUGCUGAUUUACCUUAGGGAAAAGAUGUGUAGUGCAUGAUUGCAAUACGAGUACGAUACUUUUGCACAGGAUAGCGGCCUCACCGGGAUCGUCUACGGGCCGUGGUCUUCGUACACCUACACGGAGUUUCGCGACAAGGUGCCACCGGAAUUCAAGUUGCGCAACUACCCGGACCUCUGCCACUGCGUGGGCUGCGAGUUCCCGCAGCAGGGGUGGCCCGUCGCCUUGGCGCUGACCCACGGCCGGGAACCUAUUUCCGUCCGGUAUCAAAGUGAAAAAAGCCCUCACCCCAUAUCAAAACGAAACUUCUGAUGCUGGAUCUGCGUACACAAAUCAGAUUUGUCUUGCAGUAGGGGACUGCAGGCCGAUAUCAUGCCAGUGCGCAGAGGUUUUGGCCUAGGCGCUUAGCAUGGGGAACGCCUAUGCUGUAGGACCAACAGCAUUACAAACCGCCAGCAUAGUGGGGCGGAGCGGAUGCCAUUGCUGUCUUGCAAGACAGACACGAUUUGUGACCUCAAAUCAGCAACGCAAAUUUUCGGAAACAUAGCUUUUCAAUAUGGGGAGGGGGGAUUUUUCCUUUUGAUAUCCGGCCCCAGAUGUUCUGGGCCAUGCUCGACCAGGGGGAGCAGUGUACGGACGUACUGGGCUGCUACAGUGAGGGUGUUUCGGACGAUGUGAAUAAAUUUGUCGCCCUGAUCGCAGCGUGGGAGGGGUGUGGUGGUGGAGAAGGUGGUGGACGAGGAGCAGAGGCAGCUGCAGCUUCGUCUUGUUUCCUCGAGGAAAGUGGCCUGUUUGACCUUGGGGGCGACGCGACGGAGUUGCGAAAAACGAAGCCGGCCCUGUUCGAGGGGCUGCUGGAGUACUGCCGGUUUCUCUGCUUCCUCUGGGACGCGGAAGUGGCGGAGAAAAUGUGCACCCUGCUGUUCGACUUGGAACGGAAAGACUGGCUGGAGUCGAAGAAGACUGAUGGGAUUUUUGCACCAGCACCUACUGCUUCAACAUCUGCGGGGACGUCGACGACCGGAACAUCAUCUUCCAGUAGAACAAGAACUUCCACUACGUUUCGCGACUUCGAGGACGUGGUCCGGCCAUUUUUGGAUAAAGCGCCCCGGACGACGUUGGUGCUCAACUGGCGCAUGAGCAUGUUGAAGUUGCGGGUUUACUACGACGAGCUGGUGUGCCGGCGAGCGGCAGCCAUGUUGAACUAUAAACAGGAUCACCACAUCAACAUCAAGCAGCACGACAGAUUGCUCUCAGUAGCUUCAGAAGCGUCGUCCACUACGGCCAGCGGCGUGUCGUCUACAACUUCGUAUGGUUCUGAAACAAGUAGGACCACUUCGAGCUCCUGCACGUUCACCGAGAAACCCCUGCCCGUUUCCCGCACGGAGCUGACCGGAAAGUCGUGGCGAAAGCAAGCGACGGCACUGGCGGGUGAGGACCUCGUCGGGGGAGAAGUUGUUCGGACAAACAAGUCGAGAACAGCUGAAGACGUGGUUCUCACCGGAGAAGUUGUAGUAGAAGAAGAAGAAGACCACAGAAAGUUUUCCAAUUCUCUUUACACCGGUACCAUAAUUCCCACCGCGGAAGACCGCCUUCACUCCGCCAACGCACUGUACGCCGAGGUGCUGGCUCUUUCGUACCUGCUCUACGCGCAAAUCGGGUACCAGACCUCCGUCGUGUUGGGCGGGCAGCACCGCCAACGGGGCGCGUUUGCCGAUUUGUUCUGGACCGGCGGCGUUUUUUACAAUGCGGAUAAGAACCCCUCGCUGAUUCUGGCCACCCACCCGGACUGCACGUGCCACGCGUACCUCUCCGUGGGGGAAAACUGGGAAAACUUCGCGCUUUUUGACCUGAGUAAAACUACUGCUGGGCGUUCCUCGACUAGGAUCAUCUCCUCGACGUCCAACAGUAGAACAAACGGAGGUAGUACAACUGCCAGUAUGAUUCAGUUCGCCGGCGCCGGUAAUUCAAAUUCAUCAUCGAAGAACAGGUAUCAAAUGUAAAAAUGUCUGGGUCUGGAAGAAUGCAAGUUUGUCAUGCUUGUCUGGCAUGACUCUCAAAUCUGUCAUGCACAUUACCAAAGAGCCCCACUUUUCUAUCAUGCAGAAACGUAGUUUGUCAUGCAGAAUAGGCAACCGCAACACCUAGAAGCUCAGAAACUUGUCAUGCUGAGCCAGCAACUGUGGCCUCCUCAUGAUACGCCACACAGCAUCACAAGUUUCCAGACCCAGACACUUUUACAUUUGAUAACAGGGAAGGCCUCACGCCAGUUUUCGUCGUACCGCCCCGGACAAGCACGAACUGUAGUGGAGGUAAUAGUAAAAAUUCAAGUGCGGCAGCACCAUCAACUACAUUAUCAACGACCCACGACUCUGUUCGCAACGCGAUUGUGGACCAGAUGUACUAUUCGAUGACCUAUGAGACCAUUGCCAGCGACCACGACAAAAUUGCCGCACAGCUCCUCCCGAGACUGCGGCACAGCUGCCUCCGGUGGGGCUCCAUCGUGUGGCCGACGGCCCGGGCGCUGUUCUGCCUGGACCUGGAGCAGAUCACUUUCGCGGCAGGACGAGCAGCAGCUUCGAGGGAUGGACCAACUGCCGCAACAACAAGCGUUGACAACAGGGCCCCCGGCGAAGAGGUGAGCAACAAGAAGGGAAUUAUGCCAAAAACUUCGCUGUCUCUCGCGAUUACCUACAUCGGGAAGGAUGCAAUUACGCUGGGUGGCGAUUGGGAAGAGCUCGGACGCGACACACUGCCAACCAGAUGCGUGCUGAAGAGAGUAGGAGCUGCUGGAAGGAAAAACGACCAAAAAACCACUGGAUCUUCGGCGGACAACUCCGGGCAACAAGUACUAGAGGACCAUGAGGAACUAUCCAAGAAAAAAACUGUGUAAGUGUAACUUUCUUUGUGCUGCAGACGAUGCAAGACACGUACAACUGUCAUGCUGGACAUGCAUCAGAGGCUCUUUUCGUACGUGUUUUCACGUACUAGCUACGCAUGACAGGUUUUCUCCGUCAUGCAGAGCAACCUUGUGAUGCUGUUCCUCCAAGAAAGUUACGCUUACACAGUUUUUUUCUUGCAUAGGAACAACUCGAGGUCGUUUCAAUCUUGCACGACUUUCUCGAGCUGGAAACAACGACAACGAUUACGUGCAAAUUGCCGGACAGCAUUUUCGAGGAUGAAAUAAACCAAAGCGACGACAUUACGAACUGCAAGAGUAUCGUACUCGCAUGAAUGCAUUACAAAUUCCCUCAGCAUGAGAAAUCAAAUUUGUAGUGCGGGUUUACCCUAAAAGAAAGAUUUGUAUAUGCAUGAUUGCAAUACGAUACUUUUGCACAGGAUAGACUUCGGUAGCAAGAAACAAUUCCUGAUCGAGAUGGAAGUGAAAAACACCAAAGACAUCUCCUUUUGCGCCAUUCCGAUGCCAAUCGCGGAAAUUGCAGUCGUGGAGGUCGUUGGGCUAUGCAUUGCGAAAGAAUCGUACUCGUCAGGAACUAAAAGUAUAAUUAUGAAAUUGAAAAAGUGCAAUUAAUGUCAUGCCUGGGUGAAGAAGAUUAUAGACCUGGGUUCCUGCCUCAUAUCAUUUUUGUUUACAUGCUGAGUAAAAAAUUCGUUGUCAUGCGAUCAGACUCAGAGUGGCUCCUACUAGUACGAUGCUUUUGCAGUGGAUAGAUAGCAAGCGAUAAUUCCAUGAUCGUGAAAAAAAUUUCUUCGAAGAUGUGA